CUGCUGUUGAUAGGACCUCCAUCAAUCAGGCCAACACUAUCCUAGAUCUGUAACAAGGAAAGGACCUAAACGCAAGCACCUGUUGACGAGCAUCAUGGCUAUAGAAUUCGAAGCCAAAAGUGAUGAAGUCCAGUUACACGUGAGUAGUCAGCAUAACGAAGAUGGAGUUCGUCAGCUCACCCCCAAAGAGGAAGCAAAGAAUAUUUUGACAACUCUGAAGGGUGACGUCACUUAUGGCGUCACAGAUUAUCCGCCAUGGUAUCUGGGGAUAUUGCUUGGCUUCCAACACUAUCUAACUAUGUUUGGUGCAACAGUAGCUAUUCCUUUGUUGUUGAGCGAUAUACUAUGUAUGUCUAAUACCGCAGUGGCACGCAGUGAGAUAAUCGGCACCAUAUUCUUUGUGUCUGGCAUGGUGACGGUGUUACAAGUGUUAUUUGGUGUUAGACUACCCAUUGUUCAAGGCGGUACAUUCUCUUUUCUUGCACCAACAUUUGCUAUACUUUCUCUACCACAGUGGAAGUGCCCUGACACAGAUAUAAUUGCCAACAUGACAAGCUAUGAACGCGAAGAGCUGUGGCAAGUUAGAAUGAGAGAGAUACAAGGCGCCAUUACAGUAGCUUCCUGUUUCCAAGUUGUCAUUGGUUUUACUGGUAUUAUCGGAAUUCUACUGCGUUUUAUCGGUCCCCUUGCCAUUGCACCCACAAUUGCGUUGGUUGGCCUUUCUUUGUAUGAACCAGCGGGAAACAUGGCAGGUAGUCACUGGGGAAUCUCUAUUUUUACUGUGGUUUUAGUCACUGUUUUCUCUCAGUAUAUGAAGAAUAACGUACCUUGUUUGGGAUGGAACGGCAAAGAUGGAUGUCGACGUACAACAUACCCACUCUUCAAACUCUUCCCAGUCAUUCUUGCUAUCACGUUGGCAUGGUUACUGAGUUACAUCCUGACUGUUACUGAUGUAUUACCCAACGAUUCAGAAAAAUACGGAUACAUGGCACGCACGGACAUCAGAUUGAAUGUCCUUUAUGAUUCCAAAUGGUUUGAUUUUCCAUAUCCAGGCCAGUGGGGAUUACCAACUGUCAGCGCAGCCGGUGUAUUUGGAAUGCUUGCCGGUGUGCUUGCGUCUAUGAUCGAAUCAAUUGGUGACUACUACGCGGCUGCUAGGCUUUCUGGGGCGCCACCUCCCCCGACACAUGCAAUUAAUCGUGGCAUCGGCAUCGAAGGAAUUGGCUGUAUGCUAGCAGGACUCUGGGGGACUGGUAAUGGAACAACAUCGUAUAGUGAAAACAUUGGAGCCAUUGGUAUAACUAAGGUUGGAAGUCGCAUUGUCAUAAUAAUCGGUGGUUGCAUAAUGAUGCUUCUAGGAACGUUUGGUAAAUUUGGUGCAUUAUUCGUCACAAUACCGGAACCUAUAAUAGGUGGUAUUUUUUGCGUAAUGUUUGGCAUGAUAACAGCUGUCGGGAUUUCGAAUCUACAGUUCGCGGAUUUGAAUUCAUCGAGGAAUCUAUUCAUUAUAGGACUUUCAUUCUUCAUGGGCGUAGUCAUACCAAAUUGGAUAAAAACUGGGGGCAAUGGCGACCUCAUUAAUACCGGUGUUGUCGAAGCUGAUCAGAUUAUAACAGUAUUACUGAGCACUGGAAUGUUUGUUGGAGGCGCAAUUGGAUUUAUACUUGACAAUACUAUUCCUGGCACAGAAGAAGAACGUGGUAUUGCACAGUGGAGAAAGUUGUUUGGUGAGACUGAUGGUGAAGACGAAGAAAGAAAUAUGGCCGUUAGAAAAGAAAUCAUGAAGUGUUAUGAGUUUCCUUUCGGGAAUGCUUUUAUUGAAAAAUGGAAACACAUAACAAAAUAUAUUCCAGUAUGCCCAACUUUUGUUGAUAUAACUUGUCGUUGUGACUGUUCCUGUAAGAGAAAGAAAACUUACGAUAUGGUAACACAUGUCCGUCAAUGAACAAUAUUGCCAGAACCCGUGACAGGGAAGUUACUAGAAACCCUGAUUUGAUACAUUGGCUUAAAUAAUUGUUUGUACAUUCUUUAACUUGUGCACCAUCACCAUACUUUUUACAUUACUGUACUGUACAUAUGCGUAGACACCUUAUAGAGCAAUACCCUUUUUUCUAUGAAUUUAUAGUGUAGUAUUUUAUUAUUUACAACUGAUGUACACACCGUGAGAUGAUGGUAACAAAAG